AUGGCCAGCGACGUAAAGAGAACACCACUCCAGAAACUGUUCCAGGACACUGGUAGUCAGAACAAUCCCAGCCUUCAGACGCACCAUGAUCUACGCGGUUUUCUCAGUGGUACCACUACGAGUGGUGGAUUGGACGAUAGCUCUUACGAUGAAAAAAUCGUACAAUUCUUAGCACCGGCUGAUGUUGGCGAGACAAGCCCAAGUCGGUUGCUCAAGACGCUGUGCAAGGAUAUGGAACAACCUGUGGCCUCGUCACUGGGUGAUCAAUACCAGUAUCGAUCCGCUGACGGAAGCAACAACAACAUCCAUCUGCCAAACGUCGGGAAAGCCGGCUCCUACUAUGCUCGCAUGGUCACACCGAGACAUGUACCCACAAAGUUACCUGAUCCGGAAUUUCUCUUCGACACACUACUAGCGCGAGAGGCAAAGCCUGAGCCCCAUCCCAGCCAGCUAUCCAGCCUUUUCUUCGCUUUCGCGGCUGUCAUAGUCUGUGACGUGUUUCGCACAGGCGACGAAGACCAGAACAUGGCCAUGCCGUCUUCAUACUUGGACCUGUCCUCACUAUAUGGGGAGACGAAGGAUUCACAGAAUAUGGUCCGUACCUUUGUUGAUGGGAAGCUGAAACCAGAUGCUUUUGCUGACACACGGAUUCUCAGCCGUCCAGCAGCAUCUUGUGCAUUGAUCAUAUGCUUCUCGAGGUUUCACAACCUUGUCGUAGAGCAAUUGGCGCUCAUCAACGAGAACGGUCGAUUCAGCCCGCCACCUAAUAUAGGCGGCAUCGACCCUGGUUCCUACAGAAAAGCCGUCGCCAAGCGCGACAACGACCUAUUCCAGACUGCACGGCUUGUGACAACCGGCUUAUACAUCAACAUAGUCCUGAAAGACUAUGUGCGCUCGAUCCUCAACCUACAGUGUGUAGACUCGUCAGCGAACUUGGAUCCACGAGCGAAGAUAGAGGAUAUUCUUGGCCAGACGGACUCCGACAAGGCGCGAGGCAACCAGACCAGCGCGGAGAUCAACAUGAUCUACCGCUGGCACUCGACCAUAUCGAUGAGAGAUGAGGCAUGGCUUAUCGACCAUAUGACAAAGAUCUGCCCAGAUAUGGACAUUGAUAACAUGACUUUAGAAGAUAUGCGGGCUGGUGUACGUCGACAUGCUGCAACACCCCCAGCAGACCCAGGUAGGCGCGUCUUUGCUGGCCUCGAACGAAACCUUGACGGUUACUUUAGAGACCAAGACCUGGUGAAGAUACUGACAGAAGCUACCGAUGAGGUGGCCAUGAGCUUUGGUCCGCAUCGUGUUCCGCAAGCGUUGAAGGUCAUUGAACUCAUGAGUAUCGAACAAGGUCGAGAGUGGGGUCUGGCCUCUCUUGAUGAGACAAGAAGGUUCUUUGGCAUGACAUCUCACACAUCUUUCACCGACAUUCACUCCGAUCCAGAUGUCGCCGCAGCGCUCGAGGUCUUAUAUGGAGAUGUUGAGAAUGUUGAGCUCUACGCUGGAGCUAUCCUGGAACAGCCAAGUGUACCCAUGACUCCUGGAUCCGGUCUUUGUGCGGGCACGACCACAACCCGAGCAGUUGUGUCACAUGCGCUCUCGCUUGUUCGAGGCGACCGGUUCUAUACGGUAGACUACACGCCCUAUCAUCUGACAGCCUUUGGAUUUAAUAUGGCAUCCAGCGAUUAUUCCAUCGCUGGUGGAGGCGUUAUAUACAAGCUAUUGAUGAGAGUCUUUCCCGAAUACUAUCGUGGCAAAUCGAUCUACGCACAUUACCCACUGACCACCCCGCCCGAGAUGAGAAGAAGGCAAAAGUCUCUCGGACACGAAAUGGAUUUCGACUAUGACAAGCCUCGCUAUGGAGCGCCGCCCACAGUUAUUACUGAUUACAAGAUGAUACUUCGCAUUCUCGGCGAUCAAACUUUGUACACCACAGCAUGGACCCAUACUCUGCGGCAGUUGGACUACCAAGAACACGUCCUCAUCGGAGAUAAUCCGGGUGCCAGUAAACAGCAGAAUAUCAUCCGACAGGCUAUUCUUGGCCCCAAAGAUUCUAUUGAUGUCUUUUCGCAUUUCCUGAACCUUCGUACGAGCCAACUUGUGCAGACGGACAGCAAGUGGCUUUCCAAAGUUGCUGAAAUUGAUGCGAUCAAAGAUGUAGCAGCUCGAAGCUGGACACAGUUUGUAGCAUGUCUAUUCCACUUCCCGAUCAAGGACUCGCAAGGUUCUACAGCCAGCUUUGACGAUAAGCAACUCUUCAGCAAGAUGACAGCGAUUUUCGAAUUCGUUCAUCUAGACAACACACCCGCAAAGUCCACAACGCUUCGACGAAAUGCGAUGGCCGCAAGCGACGAAUUGACAAGAGAAGUCAGAACGGUCUGCGACGAUAUUAAAGCGUCGUCUCCUGUGCAACACUUUGAAUUUCACAGACAGCGACACGAGAAGCGUGAUCCUCUCCCAGAUCACGGAGCGAAGGUAAUCCAGCGGCUCUUCGAUAGCGGGGCAAAGGUCAAAGAGGUCGUUUCUUUGUUGGUGAUCCUCGCCGUCGAUCUCGUCGUAUUUAGCACUUUUUCUUUCUGUCAGAUAAUCGAUCUCUUCCUUUCCGAGCCCUACCACUCCACACACUGGCCAGAUAUCCAGAAGCUAGCCAAGGACACCACACCAGCAAAUUCUGAAGUUCUCCGUGCAUACGUUCUUGAAGCUCUCCGUCUUAUUACACCUGCGACGGGCUUCCUCCGCAUUCCGAACACCUUUCUCACCACCAGUGAUUGGCGACACGCAGAGGGUAUCUCUAAGGGCGACGACCUCAUUCUAGACGUAGCAACUGCAUCUCGCGACCCUGAAAUGUUCCCAGACCCUGACAACAUCAACCUCGAUCGGCCUCAAGAGCUCUAUCUGCCCUUUCUCGACGGACUGCAUGGAUCGCUGACCAGGCCUAUCAUCGUUGCUGGUCUAGUCACCCAAUUGCGCAUCUUUGCUAGAUUAGAAGGUCUCAGAAAAGGGCCGGGUACGCAAGAGACCUUGAGACGGGAGGUUUCAGAAGGCACGAUAAGCUUCUUGAGUGAAGCGAAGGAUGAGUGGGUAUCGCUGCCAGUCAGCAUGCGAGUACACUACGACGCCUUCGAUCCAACUGGGUGCGCGACAUUGACAUAG